AAUUUAGCGGGUUUUGUUGUUUUUAUCGCAAUAAAAACAUUUUUAUUAAUAAUUACACAAAAUGUGUGAACUUUUUAAAAAUUAACGUAUCAUGGUGUAUUUUUAUCAACCAAAUUUUAUAAUUUUGAUAAAUUGUAACAGACAAAAGCUAUCAAAACAAUGUGUAUUACAUUAAUUUGUUGGAAAAAUUAUUAGAUGUAAAUUUAAAUUGUACUUUGGAUGUAAAUAUGUAAAAUAACACUGGAAAUUGAAAAUUAUUAAAAUUAUUGAUAAAAUGUAUAAUCAUUACUGGUAUAUUGUAAGAAAACAUCGUGCAGAGUCAAAAUGGAUGCCGGAGGAAUUAUUCCAGAUAUUAUUGAUAGCAAGCCUAAAGCUGUUGCUCAUGUGGCCUAUCCUAACGGAAUUAAAGUCAGCAUGGGUGAAGAAUUGCAACCCAAACAAGUUAAAGAUCAACCUGAAGUAACAUGGGACACUGAGGAUGGAUCACUGUACACUCUAAUAAUGGUAGAUCCAGAUGCACCAUCACGGCAGUCUCCUACCUAUAGAGAAGUCUUACAUUGGUUAGUUAUCAAUAUACCGGGAACUAAAGUAUCCGAAGGUCAAGUCGUGGCAGAGUACAUUGGAUCCGGAGCACCAAAAGAUACCGGCUUACAUCGUUACGUGUUUCUGGUUUUCAAACAGGCGCUGAAAAUUUCAACAGAUAAAUUCAUUUUAAAUAAAUCACUUGAGGGUCGUUUUAGCAUAAAGACCCGUGAUUAUAUUACCAAGUACAAUUUGGGAAAUCCUGUUGCUGGUAAUUAUUAUCAAGCCCAAUAUGAUGACUAUGUGCCUAUAUUAGAAGCUCAAUUUAAAUAGAAAUUACUUGAAGUUCAUGAUGGUGUCUUAAAAUAGCUACAAUGUUUCUUUGUAAGUUAUAAAACUAAAUAAAUAUGGCUGAUUUUUUUUAUGAAAGUUUGAGAACU